UCUAUCUGUCACUAUAGACUACUGAUCUACUGCUGUUCUGUUCUGUCUGACACUAUAGACUACUAUCAAGACUGUUUUGGCUUGUUGAAAACACUGUGGGUUGUGCACCAAUUGUCUUUUUGUUCUAAAUCCCACCAGGAGAAACCUAAAGGUGUAGUCCAGGCCCAAUCCCCAGCUCCUACUUUUGGUGGUUCCCAUGGCAAUGGCCCUGUCAAUCAAAACCACAAGGUACAGGUGGUCAGCCAGACCGGUAAAGAGGAAAAGAUACGGGAACUCAACGAACAGGUGGACUCUCUACAGAACGUCAUCCUGCAGGUGCAGGAUAUCCACCACGGCCUGGUAGCAUUCUGUUCAGAGCUGAAGAGAAUGGAUGGAGAGGUGGAUGCGUCGGGGCUGAGAUCCCCAGAGCUGGAGCAGCGCCUGGGGCUGGCUCUGGGACAGCUCAGGGACAAGAGACACAGUCUACAGAGCCUCAGAGAGACCACGAGAGACACAGACGCACACAGGAACAAGCGAUCAGAGGUUCGUCUUCUGGAUAAGAUGAAGCUGAACUGUCAGGUGUUUAAAGAAGAGAUCUCUCUGGUGCACCUCAAUCGACAGGUAUCCCAUCUACAGAAAGCCCUGCAGGACAGCCAAGACAAGGAGAGAGCCCUGCAGUCCCAGUCCCAGUCCCAGAGGAAGUGUUCUACCCUGGGCCAACUUGUCUCUCCCAAGUGUCCAGCCAUGGUACUGGCAGUCCAGGAGAGCCGUGGGGAGGAUGGGCGAUAUGGAUUCUCCUGCCGCCUCUCACAGGACAGUGGACUGGUGGUGAUACAGGUGGACAACUCCCAGUCACCCCUCUGUCUGGGAGACAGAUUGGUGGAGGUGAACGGGGUACCAGUGGUGGGCUACAGUGAAGACGAGUUGAGCACCCUACUCCUCCUGGGACCCAGUGCUCAGAUAGUGGUUCUGAGGAGACCUCCUCUUCCUUCCAGCCCAAGACCCAGAAGACCCCCUGUUAGUCCCACCCCCAGCUCCUCCUCCUCCUCCCAGCCCAAGACCCAGAAGACCCCCCCCUCCCCAGAAGACCCCCCUGUUAGUCCCACCUCCAGCUCCUCCUCCUCCCAGCCCCAGAAGACCCCCCUGUUAGUCCCACCCCCAGCUCCUCCUCCUCCCAGCCCCAGAAGACCCCCUCCUGUUAGUCCCACCCCCAGCUCCUCCUCCUCCUCCCAGCCCCAGAAGACCCCCUCCUCCCCAGAAGACCCCCUUCUGUUAGUCCCACCCCCAGCUCCUCCUCCCAGCCCCAGAAGACCCCCUCCUGUUAGUCCCACCCCCAGCUCCUCCUCCCAGCCCCAGAAGACCCCCUCCUCUCUUCCUCCCAGCCCCAGAAGACCCCCUCCUGGUAGUCCCACCCCCAGCCCCAGCCCCAGCCACAGAAGAACACCUCCUGUUAGUCCCACCCCCAGCUCCUCCUCCCAGCCCCAGAAGACCCCCUCCUCUCCUCCUCCCAGCCCCAGAAGACCCCCUCCUGUUAGUCCCACCCCCAGCUCCUCCUCCCAGCCCCAGAAGAACCCCCUGUUAGUCCCACCCCCAGCUCCUCCUCCUCCCAGCCCCAGAAGAACCCCCCCUGUUAGUCCCACCCCCAGCUCUUCCUCCCUGGAGCAGCAUCCACCACUGGACCACCCCAUGGACCACCAGGCUGAAUCCAUCCAUACCACCUCUGCUGAGACUGAGCCCAUCCACUCUACCUAG